CUUUUUCCAAUCCAUGGCCAAGAAUUUGCCACAGCCCUUCUCCCCUGUGAACCCAAAACUCCUCAAGAAUUUGGCAUCCAAUGGGGUUUUCAAUCGAUCCGUCCGGGUCCAGACAGAUGCCACGGUGUUUGUCUUGUUCUUCUUCUUCCCAUGGUCUAAGCCAUUACACGUGUCAUCCUCUCACACUUCCACCUAGUACGGGGGAAAUCGCACGUAGGCAGUAAGGCUUCCGUUUAAUUAUCCGGAAACCCAAAAGUUUCAUUUUCGGUGCAAGUUAGCGAGUGGCGUAGAUUCGUGUUGUGUGUUUGCUAAAGUAAGCCUCUGUCCUUCUCUCUUUUCGGCUUUUUCCCUCCAUUCCUAUCCAUUGCUCCAUCAUCAAGUCACGUCCCCGUUCGAGCUAGGAACACCGCAUCUUUUCCUGUCGAUGUUCAUCAAAGAUGAGCUUUCUGUUAAUCGAGGGGAUUAAAGGGUUGGUUUUGGUUCAAGUAAAUUAAGAUUAGGGAAUGUGCUGCUCUUGAGCUAAAACAUGGGCUUCUCCGCUGCUCUUCGUCCCAAUCUUUCAGUUACCUCUUCUCUUCAUUGUAGCAAGUUAUCCUCGCGGCCAACGCGUGAUUGGAAACAGAAGAGGCUACCUCUUUUGGCAGUGACAAAAAGAAGAGGCUAUUCUCUGUUUAUUGUCAAAUCUAUCAUAAAUAGCAGCAAGUCAAGCGUUAAUGACAAUGGGGCAACUGAACCUGCGAGAAUUCUUCUUGAGAGAUUGUUUGCACAGUCCCAGAAACUUGAACAAGGAAUGAGUAGAGAUGGUCAACCGCCUAAGGAUUUUCACCUGUUUCUUAACCUUGAGACUCUGGAGUCUGAUCUGCAGGCUGCUUUGACAGCCUUAAAGCAAAAGGAAGAUGAUCUACAGGAUGCGGAAAGAAUGGUUGUAUUGGAACAAAGUCAACUAACCCGUGCAAAGGACGAGUUGGAGCAACGGGAGAAAGAAAUUGCUGCUGCAUCUUCUAAGCGUGAAAAGCUGGAAGAGGAGCUAAAGCAGGCAAAUCUUGCAUUUGCUUCUCAAGUCGGUCAGAUAGAAGAUUUGAAGCUUCAGCUUAAAGAACGAGACAAAGAGAUUGCUGCUGCACAAUCGGCACUCUCUGUGAAAGAAGAUGAAAUGGAUAGAAUGAGGAAUGAAAUGGUGAAGAAGAGCGAGGAAGCUGCCAAGAUUGAAUCUGAACUUAAAUCCAAGUCUCAGCUCCUGAAUGAAGCUAAUGAGGUUUUGAAGAAACAAAAAAUUGAGCUUCAAGGACUCAAAGAAGCAAUUCGAGAGAAAGAUAAGCAGUUAGAAACUUCUAUGACUCUUAGGAAACUUGAAGAGGAGAAGCUGAAAGCUGCUGAGGCUAAAUUGCAGCAGCAGACAAUGGAGUGGCUAUUAGCGCAAGAAGAAUUGAAGAAACUGGCAGAAGAAGCAUCUAGACACACAGGAGAAGCUAAUGAAACCUUUGAAGAUUUCAGAAGAGUGAAGCAGCUACUUUCUGAUGUUAGGUCUCAGUUGGUUUCUUCUCAGAAAUCUCUGGCAUCGUCCAGGCAGCAAAUGGCACAACAAGAACAGUUAUUGGAAAAGCAACUUGAAGAGCUUGAAGAACAGAAGAGAAGUGUUGCAUCAUACAUGGAAAGUUUGAAAAAUGCCCAGAUAGAAGUUGAGAGUGAGAGAGUGAAGCUUAGGGUUGUGGAUGCUCGAAACAAGGAGCUUGAACGGGAUUUAUCUGUGGAGAGGGAGCUAAUAGAAGAGUUACAGGAGGAGUUGAAGAAAGAGAAAUCUUCACUUCAGCAGGCUAUCCAGGAUGUCUCUUUUCUUCGUCAGAAUUUAGAGCAGAAAAAUGCUGAGUUUGGUGAAAUGAGCAAUGUUCUGCAAAGUAAAGAAGCAGAUUUGGUGGAGGCUAAGCUCGAAAUCCAGCAUCUGAAAUCUGAGCGGGCUUCACUUCAGCUUAUCUUGGAGGAGAAAGAUCUGGAACUCUCCAAUGCCAGGAAGAAUUUAGAGCAAGUAAAUCAGGAGAUUGUAGAGCUGAAGAUGCUUAUGAGCAGCAGAGAAAAUCAGCUCAUUCAAGCGGCUGCUUUAUUAAAGGAGAAAGAUGAACAUGUUCAGAAAGUACAAGAUGAGUUGAAUGACACAAAGAUAAAAUUCUCUGAAGCUGAAACUGUGAUAGAGCGAAUUGCAGAACUCACGAACAGACUAGUUAGCUCUGCUAAAGAUGAAGAUAAUAAUGUGUUGAGGCCUGUUGAUGAUGUGAGCCAUGAAUUAAUGCAUCAGCUGGUAGAUAGACCUAAUGAUUUCAGAUUGCAGAAAAAACAGCUUGAAACAGAACUCAAAUCCACCAAAGAGAGCUUAAAAGUUAAAGAAAUGGAAGUUCUUGCUGCACAGAGGGCUCUCACAAUAAAAGAUGAGGAGCUCAAAAUGGUUCUUGGGAGGCUGGAGGCAAGAGAAAAAGAAGUACAAAGGCUGAAGGAAGAAAUGGUUGAAGAUGCUAAUGAUCUAAAGAAGCUUUAUGCCUUGGCACAAGAGAGAAUUGGGGAGAUAAGUAUUGGUGAUUUGGCUAUUGAGAAGCUUCAACUUGAGGCAGCUCAACUGGAAAUUGAAGCUGCCACUAGCGCUCUUCAGAAACUAGCUGAAAUGAGCCGUGAACUCUUGAAUAAAGCUAGCAUGAGUGUUGAGGCUGAUUCUGAUACCAGUAUCUUCGUGCAACGUAGUUCUGAUCCCAUGCUUAGCAUGAUUGAGAACAAUGAAUGUUUCACUGAGGUUCAAACAGGAUUAGCCAGGCUUUCAGCUUUGACAGAGCAGCUGGUGAAAGAUGCCGGAAUUGUUGGUGCACAACUGCAAAGUUGAAGAAGUUCCCGACUGGAUUUUGUAUAUAGAUAUUGACCUGUUUUUGCUUUCAGUGGGAGGGAGAGAUAAGUGGCCUGUUCAACUAAGUAAAAUUUUCGGUUGUGGGUUGGUUGUCUACUUGUACUAUUUGAUCAUAUUCUCAUCCAUCGUGCAUAUGUGAAGCCUAUAUAUUCUUUAUUUUAUGCUGAGUGAAACUAUAAUAAUGUUGCUUUAUGAGGUA